AUGACCCGUCUUCUGCCUGCCCUGAUUCUCGGUAUACUGCUGCAUGCGGUGACGCCGAAGAAGUACGGUGUUCCGCUGCAAAGAAGGCACAAUCUUCUGACGAAGGAAGACAACCGUAUGCAAUGCUUCUACUUUUUUAUGCUUUACUAUUUCAGUCUCCGACUUUCGUAAAUACAUCCUAAGCAGAUACGGUAACAAGCCGCACACACAGCCCUUCUACGCCGUCGGACACACGAGCUACCUCGGUAAGCAAAAAUCUUUCGAAUUGACGUUCCACUAUAGCUAACAUAACGAUCGGUACCCCGCCUCAAGAGUUCCGCGUUAUUCUGGAUACCGGCUCCUCGGACACCUGGGUGCCAGCCCAGGACUGCGAAGUCGAAGCAGGAGGACCAACUUGCGAGAAAAUACUGUUCAACCCCGACGCGUCCAGCACCUUUCAGAACAAUGGCUCAGAGUGGGCGAUAGAAUAUGGAUCAGGUUCUGUCUUAGGGACCCUUGGAAAGGACACUGUUGGCCUUGGCAGCGCGUCGGACGAUAAGCUUGUCGUUCCUGGACAGACCAUCGGGCUUGCGCACCAGAUCGACGAAACGUUGGACUCUUUCACGGAGAUUGAUGGAAUCGUUGGCCUCGCGUUCCGAGCAAUCUCCAACGAAGGUGGCCAACCGGUUUUCCUGAAUGCCGUGGAUCAAGGGCUAGUGGACGAGCCGGUUUUCACCGUCUGGCUGACCAGAGACAAGACCGAAAAAAAUGUGAGUGAGACUUACGUACAUGGCCGUAGUAAGUCACUUGUUUCGACAGAUUAAACCAGAUCUGAGGUAGUAGCGCUUCGCUGAAUACAAAAAUGUCCAAAAUUGGCCCGAUGACUCAGUUGCCUCAAAACAAAAAAAACGUUUUCACUGAUGGUAUUCAAAAGUUGCUCAAAUAGUGGGAAAAUAUCGUAGUUAGCAGUGGUGAUAAUAAUUAAAUAAGCUUUAAUGUAAAUUUUUUUGUUUUGAUGAAAAUUCGACCUUUCCAGGGUGGCGCAGACGGGCUCAUCACCUACGGCGGCCACGACGAUGAGCAUUGCAGCAGCGAGAUUCAUUGGAUCCCAUUAGCAGACAAGACUUAUUGGAUCUUCGAGGGGCAAGGGUUUUCGGCGAACGGCCAAGAAACCCAGCUCACCUACAAAGCCAUCACCGACACUGGAACUGAGUUUAUUGUUGGCAGUCCAGAUAUUAUCCUUCCAAUUGUCAAAACUUUGAAUGCGACAUACGACGAGAAGCGUGAAGUAUACCACCUUCCAUGCAAUUCCAAUUUCACCGUCGGAUUCUCCAUAAAUGGCAAGGACUACAAUGUUGAGGCGAAAAAUCUGUUGGUGCCCAGCCCUGGAGACACUUGCAUCCUGACUCUGGUUCCCCAAGACAUCGGUGAAAUUCAACUGAUCCUUGGAGAUCCAUUCAUCCGCGAGUACUGCCAGGUCCACGACGUCGACAAAGGGCGGGUCGGAUUCGCUUUGGCUAAGGUGUAA